AUGGAGAAAAGCGAAAAAAGAAAAUUUGUUGUUUCGCGUGACGUCAUAACAGUAGUUGAUAAGGAUAAGUCACACGAAAAAGGAAAAUUCGAGAUAUCAGGAUAUACAAUUAAAGAAAUAAGCAAUCAGGAGAGCUCAGAACGUUCUCUACUUAUUUAUUCUAAAUCAGAUGAAGAGAAUACACUCGAAAAUCUUAUUGUCAGGCUGACAAAAUUGUCAUUUUCAACAAACAUUGAUAACCAAAUUCUUCGUCACUCAUUUCAUUACGAUAAGAUUAUCCAAUACAAUAACAAUUUAAAUUCGUUCGUUCAAGAAGAGUUAAGAUCGGAAUUGGUAAAAUUUCUUUCUGGCCAAAAUAUGAUGAUUCUGACUUCCGAUGUUGAACAGGGGAUUGGAGCAGAUGAAUUCUAUGAUUCGAUUCAGAAAUGUUUAUCAGAUAUCAACUCUUCUAUUGUUGAAAAAUCACGAAUGAAAUUUGAAAUAAAAGUGACAGAAAAACUUUGCAUCAUCUCUACUUCAAGAUCCAAAUUGAUAGUGAGUUGUUCAAGGACAAAAGAGGAUAUCAUUGAUCAUGCCAGAAUUUUCCGAAAUGAAUCAAUCCAUACAUGUUUCUCUCCGAAUAUUAAAUCAAUAAUUAAUAAUUCAAAAUAUCCAAUAAGAAAGAUCUUCUUGUUGUUCCAACGCUUAGGUGAUCAUUGUGAUGACAUUUUAAAAUUGUUUUCUAUCAAUUCGAAAUCAAAAAUUAUCCAUAAUCCGUAUCUCAAAGAGAAUUUAAAUCCAAAUGAACAGAAAAAUGCCAAGUCAUCAUUAUUAAGAGAUGAAUAUCUAAAAAUUAAUUGCUAA